AUGAAAGAUAAAAUCAUUGUUUCAGAUUACUUUCAUGAAGAGCAAGCUAAACAAAGUUUGAAUUCUUCUACUUUCGAACAACCAUCAUCAAAUUCGAAUAAGAAUUUCCAACGAAUUGCCUCUCCAAUUCAAAUUAGUAACACCACCACUAUUGAAGAAACCUUCUCCACAAGUCAAAGAUUGAGUAAUUCUCUUCGUGAUUCGAAUACUUGUUUCGGAUUAGGUUACAUGCCACUCAACAGCACAAGUGAUGUUGGUUUCAACCAGUAUCCAGUUUAUUGUAAUAAUUUACUAUUCAAUCUAGAUUCUGAUUCAUACUCCUCAGAAGAUCCUUUAUUGUUUAAUUCACAACAAUUAAUUAUUCCUGAGGAAGAUUUGAAAGAUUCGUCAUCUUUCCAAACUAAUCUCAAAUUGGAAAGGUUAGAUUCAUGUGUUUCUGAGAUUUCAACUUCCUCAUCUGAAUGUACUCAAGAAAUUGAGAGAUCUCCUUUAGAAGUCCAAAUUCCAAAACAAUCUCUAUUCGAAAUGGCUUAUUCCUCAUUUAGUUCAGAUUGUGAAAUGACUCCUCGUUCAGAAAGAUCAUCUCCUAGAUUGUUGAAUCCUAAAAUGAAGAAUAAUGUAAGAAUGAAUCAUUUGCCAUCAUUGGAAACUUUACGAAAGCAAGUCAAUUGUGAAUUGAACAUCCAUAAUAGGAAAAUGGAACAAUUGAUGAGUGAAGAACUUCCUUCUUUGAAUGUUAUCAUGGCUGGUUGCUCAUCAAGUGGAAAAUCACAACUCAAGUCCUUGCUUUCCUCAGUUAUGGAAUUCGAAAGUGAACGAAUUCUUCCAAACUCUGAAUCAUAUCCUAAACUUGUUUUCAGACCAAUUUAUAGAAAUUUAGAUCAUGGUACCAGAACCCACCAAGUCACACAAGACGAAUCCCAACUUUCCUAUUACAAAUGGGAUGAAAACAUCUCCAGAUGUUCUGUCAUGUUUCAACCAAUAGAUUCUGACAUUUCAGAUCAAAUCACUACUCAAAGAAUUAUCUUUACAGACAUGCCAGGAAUUGAUUCUCAAGACCAAUGUCCAAAUUAUUGUAAAUUACUUUCACAAUUAUAUGUUGGAAUGUUUGCAAGUGAAAUGAGCGACAAGAUGGUUGAGUAUGGAUUCGAGAAUAUUAAGGCAGGUGGCAGGAUUCAACAAGUGAUGUGCCAUGAUUUGGUAAUGCUAACCAUUCCAAUUGAAUUUAAUGAAAAAGAAUUGCAAAUUACCAAAUCAAUUCAACACUAUUUAGAUUCGAAAGGAAUUCCAUAUUUGGUAGUGGCCACAAAAACUGAUUUAGUUGGCAAUGACAGAAAUAUUCUUGAUAAAAAGAGAGAAUUGGCCAAGCAUCUCAAGAUGAGAUCAUUCGAUAUUCUCACCAUUGGAAUGUCAGGAAAAUCCAAAGAAGGAAUUGAAGACUUUGAAUUAAUUAGAAAUGAUCUUCAUAAGGAAAGUAUGCUCGUACUUCGUCAAUUACUUCUUCAAUUCAAUAAGAAGAGAGAUUUUAUUGAUAAGUACAAGAUGAAUCACUGUGGUUUGUCUCCAAUUGAAAAUUUCAUCAAGUCAACUGCAAUGAAUUUGCUUUACUAUUGGUUGAUUCUUCAUAAGGUGAUUCAUUGGAUAGUUAUUGGUCCUGAUGGAAGUGCAGAUGAGCAACAACAAGUUGCAACUGAGGAUGAACCAAUGAUUCAUCUAGAAGAUAAGAAAGAAAGUGACAAGAUUAUAUUCGAAAAGAAACCUGAAACAGAAACCAAGAUGAUGAUUCCAAAGCAUCGUGAUGAAAUAAUCUGCAAUUCUGUUUUCAUUCCACCUCUCCAAUUUCCACCAGAACAACCAAAAGAAAUAGUCAAUCCUCCUUUCAGAGCUAGUGGACCAUCCAAACUUUCCAUUGUGAAAUUCCCGCCAAAACAAGAAUUGAUUUCAGAUAAAGUUUCAAAUCCGAAAGAAGUUAUUCAACAUUUGAAAGAAGAAGAGAAGAGUCCAUGUGAAGUAAUUAAUUACGAAUUCACUUCAGAAUCUGAAGAAUCUGACGCAGACGACGAAGAAAUUUUAAACGAAGACGAAUGCAUUUACUAUACGAAACCAAAAAAGAAUCAACAACAUGAACACCACCAUAACCUCCACGAUGAUCAUUCUCAACCAAUUAUCAUUCCAUCCAACCAUGAUACUGACCUAGCCGCAUCCAAUUCCAAGCACGAUGAAAGACACGAUCAAGAUUACCACGAUGAAGAUUGUUCUGAAGAAUCCUCAACUUAUUAUUUGUGUUCUAUGAGAAUUUUCCAAUGUUUGGUUGUUUCUUUAUUGUUUGUUCUGGUUUUCCAAUCAUUUGCCUUAUUUGCUUUCCAACAUUUAUCUUCAGUUUAA